GGGUUCGCACUGCCCCUCAUGUUCUUCGUUAAGUACUUCAUAAUCUACGGCUCAGUGGCCACUAUAGCGGCCAUCGAUGGCUUCGAAAUGCCGGCGCCGCCCAAAUGUAUUAGUCGUAUCCAUUCGUCUGUCUAUUUGUGGCGGACUUUCGAUCGAGGAUUACAUUUAUGGCUCACUAAUUAUUUCUAUAAACCCAUAAUCGGUUCGCAAUGGAAUCCAAUGCGAAAAGUUUUUGCCGGUUUUGUCUGUUUCUUAUGCAUUGCUUUAUGGCAUGGUAUGGAUCGGGCGGUCGUUAUUUGGACGUCACUUAACUUUUUCGGUGUUUCGGCAGAAAUAAUCGCCAAAUCUGUUCAGUCGUCAAACGUGUGGAUCACUUCCGUUCAAUGCAAACUCUCGGACACAGCGAACGAGCGAUUGAAUGCAUUGAUCGCGAGUCCGUUCUUCGCCAUUGCCUAUGUGUCCAAUAUAUUCUUUCUGUCCAAUUGGGAGGUCGGCUACCAUUUUGUCCAACAGAUUCUCUUCACAUUCCCGACACCACUAUUGCCCACACUUUUAAUACUUUAUUUCGGAUGGGGGUCCGAUUCCCUGAAACCCUGUGAGUCUCAAACCGUGCGGACAAAGAGUGCAAACGGGAGACACAAGUGUGAGAGACUGAUAGUGACACCAGUGCUGAGCAGAUCUGCUGUGAACUAG